AUGGUCCGGUACGCCAUUGUAGCCUUUGCCGGUCUGGCCGCGGCGUUGCCGCUCAAUAUCAACCUCGGCGCCUACUCGCCGGCCCUAGUUGUUGGUGAUGGUGAAAUCAGCUUUGGAGGUAGGCAGGACGUGUCGAACUUGAUCACCGCGCUCGAAGGCGCUGCGGUUAACGCUGCCGCAGGCGCGGCCAACAACAACAAUAACGCCGCUGCCGCUGGUGCCAAUGCUGCUGCUGCCGCUGCCGACACGAAUGCGGGUGCUGGGACUGGCGCGGGCCAGGGAGCCCCAACGAUUGUUGAUACCAACAACAAUGGAGUAGCGGCGCCCACGCCUGUCAUUGAGGGCGCAGCCACCAACGCGGCUGCGGAUCCAGCUCUUGCUGAGCAGGCCCAACAAAUAGCCGGUCUCCAAGGCCUAGGCAAAGCCAUCGCGCCACGCAUCGACAACACCGCCGGGACCGAGGCCGCAGCGAAGCAAAAGCGCGACCUAGCCGGCUUCGACCGGGCCCUCACAUUCGCCGAGGCAGCGCUUGUCAAGGGCCCCAAGGUCGAGCUCGGCACCGGCGCCGAAGGCUCCGGCGUGGGCAUCAUUGUCGAUCACUCGACGGCCGGUGAAGGCGCCCGCGUCGCCAAACGCUCCACCACCACCGCCACUACCACCCCCCGGCGUCGUGCCAAGGUCACCACCAUGUUUGUCCGCCGCGGCGUUCCCGCUUCCCUAAACAGCCACUCCGAAGCCGCUGCCGCCGCAGCAGCAGCAGCCGUCCUAGCCGCUCGCUCGCCCUCCUCCUCUCCCGAGGAUAAUAACGCCCCCUUUGUUACCAGGUCCACUCCUGCUACUGCUACCACUAUGGAGAAGGCCAAGGCCAAGCGUGAUGUAGCCAGUGGCAGUGCUGGCGGUGCGUUUGACGAGGUGAACCUUAAUGUGGACGGUGACGCGGGCGUUACCAUGACUUUUGUGGAGAGUUUCGAGGAUGAUAACCAAGGGGAUCAAGCUGACGGGGUUGAUGAGGUUGAUGUGGAGGAGUAA